AUGUGGCUCUUGGAGCGGCUCCGUGGGGCGGCGGAGAACGGCCGGGGCGCGGGGCCGGAGGAGCCGCCGCGCGGCGCCCGCUACAGCAACGUCCUCACACCGGACAAGAUCCCCGACUUCUUCAUCCCGCCCAAGCUGAGCGCGGCGCCCGCUGAGGCCGAGGGCACCGAGCCCCCCGCGCCCGCCGCCCUGGGCGCCUCGGCGUCGGAGCAGGACCUGGCGGGACGCCGGCCCCCGCGCAGCCCCCGCGCCCCCAGCCGCCCCCGCGCCCGCCCCGCCACCCGCCACGUCAUCCAGGUGGAGAGCGCCGAGGACUGGGCGCCGGACGAGCUGGGCACCAACGCGGACCCGCAGGCGCAGACGGCCAUGUCGCUGCCCUACGUGCCCAAGGCGCAGACCUCCUACGGCUUUGCCACGCUCGUGGAGAGCCCCCACACGCGCCGUAAAGAGUCGCUGUUCCACAGCGAGCACGGCAGCCUGUGCCCGUCCCCCGCGGCCUCGCCGGGCGCCCAGCGCCGGGCCAGGCCCGAGGGCGAGGGCAGCCCGCGGGCGCCCGCCGACCUGGGUGCCGCCCUCAUGCACCCCGGGCGCUACUUCAGCGGCGGCGAGAGCGACACGUGCUCCUCCGCCGAGUCCUCGCCCUUCGGCUCGCCGCUGCUCUCCCGCUCCGUCUCCCUGCUCAAGGUGUUCGGGCAGGAGAGCCAGGCCAAGGUGGUGAAGCUGAAGCACUCAGUGGCCCGCAACAGCUCGCUCUCCACCGACGAGAGCUCGGCCGACACGAGCCCCAGCGCGCAGCGGCGCGCGCGCAGCGGCCCCGCCGAGCCGCGCGGCGUCAACUGCUGCGUCUCGCUCUGCCUCGUGCCCGGCAAGCUGCAGAAGCAGCGCAGCACCAUCGUCAAGAACAGCCGCAACCCCGUCUUCAACGAGGACUUCUUCUUCGACGGGCUGGGCCCCGGCCACGCCAGGAAGAUGUCCCUGAAGCUGAAGGUGGUCAACAAGGGCAGCAGCCUCAAGCGGGACACGCUGCUGGGCGAGAAGGAGCUGCCGCUCACCAGCCUGCUGCCCUGCCUGUAG